CUGCAUAUUUGAUGAAUGUGUCUGCAAUUUGCAAGCACUAGAUUUGUAAACAGAUAGCGCACAAAACACAUAUAUUCAAUUGGCAUGUCCUGGCAUUAAAGCGAAACAACAACUCAAGUGUUCUGUUUGUUAUGAAAGUGGCAACAGUUUGUCGCCUGACAUGGCGCGGUCAAUAGGUGUUGCAGCCAAGCGGCGCAAGAGUGUGGCACUUAUCAAUUUCUGGCGUGUGGCACGCGCCGACAGCGCGACGAACAUAAAACGCAGGAUGAACUACAAGAGGAAUAGUCAAAAACGCUGGCCCAGACUCAAUGCCUUACUACAGUACGCUGAUAGAGAGGAUUAUGUGCACAGCGGUUCCUUUCAGGAGGCCAUCAAACCAGUGCUCAUCAUAGCUCAGAUAUUUGCUCUGAUGCCCGUGCGUGGUGUCAGCUCCAAGUACGCCGAAGAUUUGAGCUUCAGCUGGCUGAGCUUUCGCUCCUGCUACUCGUUGGUGGUCAGCAUUUUGUUUUUGAUCAGCUCUGGCUACAUGGCCGCCUUUGUGAUGCAUGUGAAUUUUGACUUUGACUCGGUGGAAACUCUGGUCUUCUAUGGCUCGAUAUUUUCCAUCUCGGUGGCCUUCUUUCAUCUGGCAAUCAAGUGGCCAGCUCUAGUGAUUGAGUGGCAAAUGGUGGAGUCACAAUUGCCGGCUUUGCGCACCGAAAAAGAACGUGGCGCCUUGGCUCAUCACAUCAAAAUGAUUGUGAUAAUUGCCAUGGGUUGUUCGUUGGUGGAGCACUUGCUGAGCAUGCUGUCCAGCAUUUAUUAUGUCAACGCUUGUCCUGUGCUGCCCAAUCGACCCAUUGACAGCUAUUUGCUUAUAGUCUUUAGCAUGUUUUAUCACUUUGUGGAGUACUCUACUACUUUGGGUGUCCUAGGAAAGAUUGUCAAUGUGUUGGCCACAUUCGCCUGGAGUUUCAAUGACAUCUUCGUCAUGGCUGUCAGUGUUUCUCUAGCGGCACGCUUUCGCCAGCUCAACGAUUAUAUGCUACGUGAAGCCAGAAUGGUAAGAUAGAUUUUCAAAUAUGUUUUUUUAAUAUAUUAAUCCGUUUUCUUUGCUUUGCAGCCCACAAGCGCGGACUAUUGGAUGCAGUGUCGCAUUAAUUUUCGUAAUCUGUGCAAACUUUGCAAUGUUGUCGAUGAUGCUAUUUCAGUCAUAACUCUGCUCUGCUUCAGCAACAAUUUGUACUUUAUCUGUGGCAAGAUAUUGAAGAGUUUGCAGAAAAAACCUUCUGCUUCUCAUACCGCUUACUUUUGGUUCUCCUUGGGAUAUUUGCUUAUACGCACUUUGAUACUCUCGCUUUAUAGCGCCAGCAUUAAUGAUGAGUCUAAGCGGCCUUUGCUCAUCUUUCGACUGGUGCCUAGACAAUACUGGACAGCAGAGCUCAAGCGCUUUUCAGAGGAGGUGCACAUGGAUCAGGUGGCUUUAACGGGCAUGAAGUUCUUUCGGCUAACUCGAGGAGUUGUCAUAUCGGUGGCUGGCACAAUUGUCACCUACGAACUGAUUUUGCUGCAGUUCAACAAAGCGGACAAAGUUAAUGAUUGCUAUGAACACUGAAAAAAGGAAUACACACAAUUGAAGCAGAACUUGCAAAAAUUUGUUAACAGACAGCUGAGUUAUCGCUUUGUGCGCCAAUGACCUGCAAUUUGUAGUGUUAUUUAUAAAUGCCACGUUGUCGCUUUAAUUAUAGAUAAGUGCAAAACAACAGGUGCAUUUUUAAUGGGCAGGACAUGCAGUGACAAGCUUGUUAUUUAUUUUUCUGCACAGUUGGCUUUUGCCUG